UAGUUUCGGGAGUUCGUCCAAAAUUUCCAUCUUCUUGGAGCUGAGGGGAGCGAACAAAACUCAAGUUGCCAAGCAACAUUGAAUCCGCUGCACAUGAUAUCGCACUUGCGUUCACUACGUACCCAGGCGUAUAAAUUCGAAUCGGUAGGUAUAGCUCACACGUUGUUAUUAAAAUUACCAUAGAAUAUGGUUUUUUCCUUCCUCAUCAUCGGAUGGUAAUUGAAACAGUUUUUACGCCUGCAACUUUCGGUAGCCUAGAGAGCGAGUUUUCCAUGCUAAAUACCAAAACUCUCGAACCAAAUUGAAAAAUUUGGUAAAACAGCCGCACCUGAGAUAUGUUAGACUUUGAUAUAGACUUUUUGGAUGAAAAAAAAGAAUUCGAACAUCCCGGCAUAAGACACAGUCUUUUUCCGAACGUACCUCCUUACAUACGUUUCUCGUACGCGCCCAUUAAACCGUUUCCGUUACCGAUUCAGUCUCUGAUAAGAUGGAAAAAUAGCUCGAUAACGCCAGAAAUUGUUCGUCGAGUCGUCCGAAGCACCGGAUUCCGCUUACUCGACGAAUGCCGAUGUUGGAGCGGCCUGUGGGGAAACCAAAUGCGAAACACCGAUUACCCGAAGCUGCACGAACAUCAGAAAUUCAAUCAUUUUCCCAGCACGUACCACGUCGGAAGGAAAGACUCGCUGUGGAAGAACAUCAAGCAAAUGAAACAAAGAUACGGCGAUAGGAAAUUCGACAUCGCGCCUCCUUCGUUCGUCCUGCCCGAAGAGAAGAAAACGUUUCGUAUGCAAUGGGAAAAUGGCGCCAAAGAUCAGUGCUAUAUUUUGAAGCCUCCGGCGAGCUAUCGUGGCGAAGGAAUUAAAAUCGUCAGUAAACUAAAACAAAUACCGAAGAAUGAAAAUUACGUUGCGCAGAAAUAUAUUCACGAUCCUUACUUGAUCAACGAUACUAAAUUCGAUAUGAGACUGUACGUUUUGAUCACGUCGAUCGAUCCUCUUCGAGUGUAUUUGUACGAUAACGGUUUGGCUAGAUUCGCCUCCGUUAAGUACUCGUUCAAUUUUCGAAACUUGGAUAAUCAUUUUAUGCACUUGACCAAUUACAGUAUCAACAAGGAGAAUAAGAAAUACCAAGCUAAUUCCGACGUGCAUGCUCGAAAAGGUCAUAAAUGGACUUUAAACACAUUAUGGAAGUAUCUGGACGAACAGAACAUCGAUACUGGUAAGCUGAAAGAAGAUCUCAUCGAGUUGGUCGUUAAAACAAUGAUCAGCGUCGAAGAACCGAUUAGUAAAUCUGCCAGUCAGAAUUUGAAAUCCAGGUACAACGCCUUCGAACUGUUCGGUUUCGACGUGCUGCUAGACAAGAACCUAAAACCGUGGCUCCUCGAAGUAAACAUUUCACCAUCGCUGCAUUCGUCAUCAAAACUCGACAUAGCUGUAAAAGUGCCAUUAGUUCUGAACGUUCUAAACAUCGUCGGAUUCCAUAUCCCAGUCAGCAAGAAAUACUCGGAAAAAGAAGUAGCUUUAGAUCUAGGCGCAAGUACCAACGAUCGAAUCUGGUUAGACAGUCGAAUCUACUCGGUGACCGUUUCGAAUCACGAAAAAUACAAACAUUACUCAUUCGCCGAACCCAAGCGACGAAACGAUUACCUCAACAAGAUUCUGGAAGACUUGACACCCGAAGAUGUCAGAAUACUGAUCGCGUACGAAGACGAACUAACGCAGAUCGGAUCGUUCAUCAAAGUAUUCCCAACGCCGGAUAGUCACAAGUAUUUUAAAUAUUUCAAAAAAGUAAGCUAUUAUAAUUUACUACUCGACGCUUGGGAAACGAAAUAUCAUAUAGAUCGAGAAGAAGGCAGGAAUCUGCUGAAAACCUAUUGCGAAAAAGAGCAACAUUUGAAAGUUGCACGUGUUAAUAGCGCGCCGCAUGUUUUUUAACCAGAUGUAAAUUUGUUUGUACGUAUAAGUAUGUCGUAUUUGGUAUAGCGAAUAAAUUUGUUAAUAUGGUGA